AUGUCUAAUUUCAUCUCCAAGAAGUUAGCAAAUGCCCUCGCCAUUCGUCCAAAUCCAGUAGACAUCGCGGUAGCCGGAAUAGGAGAUUCUGUAAAGCAAAUAAAGCAACAAAUAUCAGCCACCGUCAGAUCAAGAAUGAACAAUUUCUCAACCACUCUCGAGUUUCUCGUAAUGAAAAAACCUACUGCCAAUCUGCCAACUGCAUCCCUCAGCACAACCCCAUGGAAAAUCCCAAACGUUCAACUCGCGGAUCCCCAUUUUAACGAGCCAGGACCAAUCGACAUCAUAAUUGGAGGCGAAUGUUAUCACGAAAUACACACUGGUAAACGCAUAUCACUAGGCAGUGAUUUACCCUUGCUAAUUGAAACAGUGUUUGGGUGGACUGUUUCUGGGAAAGUGCCAAUCAAAUUACCGUAUACUCCGCCUGUUUGUUAUAUAUCCAAUAUCGACAAAGCACUGGAUAUCGAACUCCAAAGAUUCUGGGAGCUAGAAGCCGUAUACCAAGGUCCGUUGCAUUCCGCUGAAGAAAGAAGAUGUGAAGAAAUCUAUGCUAGCACCACCACUCGAGUUCAAUCCGGAAGGUUCGUUGUUCGCCUUCCUCGGUCCGAAGAUCCGCAAGUCACCCUUGGCGAUUCGCGCGCGAUUGCCAUACGACGUUUCUAUAGCCUAGAAAGACGCCUCGAAAAAGAUUCCACUGUAAAAAUAGCCUACCUCAAGUUUAUGGAGGAAUAUGCCAACCUCCACCACAUGCGAAAGAUCGAUCCUGUUUGCGAUGCUAAGCCGCAUUGCUAUUUGCCGCAUCACCCAGUAUUGAAAGAGUCGAGCACCACCACCAAAGUACGCGUGGUAUUUGAUGCCUCGUGUAAGACCAGCUCUGGAUUCUCGUUAAACAACACCCUACUUGUCGGCCCAGUAGUGCAACAGGAUUUACUCUCGAUCGUGAUACGAUUCCGGCUCCGUUGUGUAGCACUCGUCGCAGACAUCGAGAAGAUGUACCGUCAAAUUGAGGUACACCCAGACGAUCAAUCACUUCAACGUAUUUUGUGGCGUGCGAGCCCCUCAGAUCCUAUUGAUACCUAUGAACUUUGCACAGUUACGUACGGAACUGCCUCCGCUCCAUACCUGGCCACCCGUACGCUGCUUAAACUGGCAGAAGAAGAUGGACACAUGUAUCCAGGCGCGGUUGAAGCCGUAACUGAAGACUUCUACGUAGAUGAUCUGUUGACCGGUGCAGAUGAUCCAGAUACUGCCGUAGAGAAACGUCGACAAAUAAAUGCGAUGUUGAAAGCUGCAGGUUUCGUGUUGAAGAAAUGGGCAUCUAACGUUCCAGAAGUAUUGGCGGAUGUUCCCGUAGCAGAUUUAGCCAUUCAAACAUUGCACAAUUUACAAGAAGAGCAGUCGAUAUCCACCCUCGGAUUAGUUUGGGAUAUAAGAUGUGAUAUGCUUCGCUUCAACGUUCAGUUGCCUCUACCAGCAUCGAUCCUAACCAAACGGAAAGUUAUUUCGUACAUUGCAAAGAUAUUCGACCCACUAGGCCUUGUGGGUCCCGUAAUAGCUACUGCUAAAAUGUUCAUGCAGCGGCUAUGGAGGCUGAAAAUGGAUAACAAUAAACCCUACGACUGGGACCGACCUCUUCCGCAGAAGUUGCAAGACGAUUGGAAACGAUUUCAUGCAACGCUUCACGUCCUUGAUCAACUGAGGAUUCCCCGCUUUGUUGCUGUGCCAGCUGCUUCAAAAAUUGAUCUCCACAUUUUCUGCGACGCGUCAGAGUCCGCUUAUGGAGCAUGUUGUUUUGUACGCUCGGAGAACUCCAACGGUGUAAACGUACAACUGCUCACCUCCAAGUCAAAGGUAGCACCCAUCUCUACCAAACACACUAUAGCCAGACUUGAAUUGUGCGCUGCUGAGCUUUCAACCAAGGUGUAUCAGAAGGUUACACAAGCCAUGAAAACCCCCGCUCAUGCCACGUUCUGGUCAGACUCGACUACGGUACUUCAGUGGCUUAAAUCACCGCCCAACCGUUGGAAAACAUUCGUAGCGAAUCGCGUUUCCUUUAUACAGAUGUCAACGAGUGGAACUAGUUGGAGACACGUGCCAGGUGCAGAAAACCCAGCCGAUGAACUUUCUCGCGGUCUACAACCUCCCGAAAUAUUAUCUCAAACCAGAUGGUGGAAUGGCCCAUCCUGGUUAGCCUUAGCGCCAUGUCACUGGCCACAUUCGGAAAUCCCAGAGCAAGAAGCAGCUCCCAUCGUCGAAGAAGCCCGUACGAUAGCCAUGAUUUCAACAACCCUAGUAGAAUCCCAAUUUGCAGACCAUUUAUUCGCCAAGUAUUCAUCGUACACAAAACUUCGUCGUGUUUUCGGAUAUUGCAUGAAAUUCAUUCGUCUUUCUCAAAGGAAACCUCAGAAGUCUCUCCAUAGUAUGUCACAUGUCGUGCUAACUACAAACGAUCUGAAGGCAGCGGACUACGCACUAGCCCGCUUAGCUCAAGCCCAGCUUUACCCAGAAGAGUUAACCAUACUAGCUAGUCCAACGAAAGAUCAAAGCGACAUGAAAUCCUCGCCACUUAAAUGGCUAAAACCGUUCAUAUGUACAGACCGUAUAAUUCGAGUUGGAGGUCGCUUGUCCAAUUCCGAACUCCCCGAAGACAUCAAGCAUCCAAUAGUCCUAUCCGCAAGGCAUCCUUUAGCUGAAAUUCUAGUUAGCCAUUACCAUAAACGUCUUUUACACGCUGGUCCACAGCUAAUGCUCUCUACGAUACGUCAGAAAUAUUGGAUAAUAGGAGGAAGAAAUUUAGUUCGCCGAGUCUACCAUCGAUGCAUCAAAUGUUUCAGGCAAAAACCUGUCCUUAUCCAACAGGCCACAGCAGAUCUCCCGAAGUCCCGAGUUGUGCCAGCUCGUCCAUUCUCAGUUAGUGGCGUCGACUACUGUGGUCCAGUUUAUUUGAAAUCCCCAACCCGUAGACGCGGGCCAACUAAAGCAUACAUUGCCAUUUUCGUUUGUUUUAUAACGAAAGCUGUUCAUAUUGAAUUGGUCUCUGACCUAUCGACAGCAGCCUUCUUGUCAGCACUACGUCGCUUCACUGCCCGUCGUGGCUAUGUUCGGGAACUCCAUUCUGAUAAUGGGACUGCGUUCAAAGGAGCAUCUAAUCAGCUACACCAUGUAUACGAGAUGUUAAAGUCGACGGGAACCCAACGAGACCAAAUUGUGAACUGGUGCGCUAAUAACGAGAUUGAAUGGAAGUUUUCCCCACCCCGUGCUCCUCAUUUUGGAGGACUGUGGGAGGCUGCAGUCAAAUCUGCCAAGCAGCACCUCCUGCGGGAAAUAGGACACAUUAGCAUUAGCCAGGAAGAUAUGGUCACUCUCUUGGCACAGAUUGAAAUGUGCUUAAAUUCCAGACCAUUGAUACCAAUUCCCAGCGAAACUACCGACCUGGAAGCAUUAACACCAGGCCACUUCCUGGUCGGUUCGAACCUACAAGCUGUGCCGGAACCCAGUCUUAAUCACACGUCGGACUCCCACUUAAAUCACUGGCAUCAAACGCAAAAGAAUCUCCAGCGCAUUUGGGCGCGCUGGUAUCCAGAAUAUUUGGCCCAACUGCACGGGACUGUACGUGCAACAAAGGGUUGCAAACGUCCUGUACCGAUCGAGGUGGGACGCAUCGUGGUCAUCAAGGAUGAUAAUCUACCACCCGCGAAAUGGCCGCUAGGCAGAAUCAUCAAGCUUCACCCAGGGAAAGACGGUGUUACUCGGGUCGUAACGCUGAAAACAGCAGUAGCCGACAACGUCGUCAGACCAAUAGCGAGAAUCGCCAUGCUGCCAUUACCACAUGAUCCAGAGCCUGUUUGCCCAGAAACGUUAUGCUGA